UCAGCCGCACAGACACAUACACACUUUCUGCGCCAUUUGCUUCAGACACACGUGUGUUCUGCGCGCAGCUGCAUGUCAUGAGUUAAGAACGGGACUGAUAAUAAUAAUCAUCAUAAUAAUAAUCAUCAUCACAUAAUGCCGAAGGUGAAGAAGAGCAGAGGCGGCGCGGAGCGCGGCGGUGUCGGUGUGUCUCUGGCCGAUCAGAUCCUGCAGGGAGACUCGGUCCGGAGCAGCGGCCGCGUGAAGACCCGAAGCCGGACUCCCGAGGAGGAGCAGGAGUAUGUGGACGAGAAACUGUCCAGGAAGAUCCUGCAGCAGGCCCGAAUACAGCAGGACGAGCUGCAGACCGAGUUAGGACUCGCUCCAGAAACCAGAAGACAGCCAGCUACUCAACUAGGUCCGAGGUCACAUGAUGGAGACUCUGACGAGGAGUGGCCGGCUCUGGGAGAGUCUGCGGAGGAGGCGGCUGGAGAGGUGGACGUGGAUCCUGAGGACGAGAGGGCCAUUGAGAUGUUCAUGAACAAGAACCCGCCGCUCAGACGCACGCUGGCCGACAUCAUCAUGGAGAAGAUCACGGAGAAGCAGACGGAGGUGGGCACCGUGAUGUCCGAGGUGUCGGGACGAGCCGUUCCUCAGCUGGACCCAAGAGUGGUGGAGGUGUACAGAGGCGUCAGCAAGGUUCUGUCUAAAUACCGCAGCGGGAAACUUCCCAAAGCGUUUAAGAUCAUCCCGGCUCUUUCCAACUGGGAGCAGGUCCUGUACCUCACGGAAACGGAGACAUGGACCGCCGCCGCCAUGUAUCAGGCCACCAGGAUCUUCUCGUCUAACCUGAAGGAGCGAAUGGCUCAGCGCUUCUACAAUCUGGUGCUGCUGCCCCGAGUCCGGGACGACAUCACGGAGUACAAGCGGCUGAACUUUCACCUCUACAGCGCGCUGAAGAAAGCGCUCUUCAAACCCGGAGCCUGGUUCAAAGGAAUCCUGCUGCCGCUGUGUGAAUCGGGCACGUGUACGCUGAGAGAAGCCAUCAUCAUCGGCAGCAUCCUCACCAAAUGCUCCAUCCCAGUGCUGCACUCCAGCGCCGCGAUGCUGAAACUGGCAGAGAUGGAGUAUAACGGAGCCAACAGCAUUUUCCUGCGGCUGUUGCUGGAUAAGAAAUACGCCCUGCCCUUCCGUGUGCUCGACGCCCUGGUCGCCCACUUCCUGUCGUUCCGCACGGACAAACGGACUCUGCCGGUGCUGUGGCACCAGAGCCUGCUGACGCUGGUGCAGCGCUAUAAAGCCGACCUGUCCUCCGAACAGAAGGAGGCGCUGUUGGAGCUGCUGAAGGUUCAGACGCACCCGACGAUUUCAGCCGAGAUACGCCGAGAACUGCAGAACUCUGAGGCGCGAGAUCUGGAGGACGCCACCCCCGCCAUGACCGUCGACUGAGCCGCGAACUUUGAUAACGUGUUGGAAUAACAUGACAAUGAAAUGUGGGAUUAUGCCGCAAUAUAUUUUGCAUUUUUGCAGUGAUGCUAUGUUCAUAUUUUUGGACUUGGUUAGAACUUAAUAAAAAUCAUAAACUCCA